CUUCAAAGCUGAGUUUGAAAUUUAUUGUAAUCUAGUAAAUACUAAACAAGUCAGUAAAACCAUCAGCUGCCAUGACUUCCUGAAAUAUCAGCAGGUACAGGUCACAUAUUGUGUCAUCCAGCGUCUCGGACAAUAACACCAUGGAUUCCAUCAUGUCUUCCCCAUUAGCAUCCUCAGUUCCUUCCAUCUCCUCCGAUGAUGAGGACGGGGCAUCGACAGUCUCAUCUGCUACAACAACCACCACGCCAUCACAAAGCUUAAGCAAUGUUUGCAUUUUGGAAGAAAUCAAAGCCAUCAUCGACCCUAAAGUUGACAACACCCGUUUGUGCAAGGAGCCUGUCCUCCCAGCCAUUCCCAAAAGCGUCGAUAUCCAACCACUAUCAUCAGAUGCUGCCACGCCAGACAAUUGGAUCCCGCGUGAUGAGCGAAUGAUUCGUCUUACCGGCAAGCACCCCUGUAACACUGAAGCACCCCUCUCUACGCUUUUCAACGCUGGCUUCCUAACACCUCAAAACCUCUUCUACGUCCGAAACCAUGGUGACGUGCCAUGCAUACAAAAGGAUGCGGCGAUAUCCUGGAGACUCCGCGUUCACGGCCUCGUUGAAAACGAGCUAGACAUUUCCGUCUCCGAGCUAAAACAACUCUUCGAAGUCGUUACCCUUCCCGUCACGCUUGUUUGUGCUGGAAAUCGCAGGAAAGAGCAAAACGUAGUAAGCAAAGGCCUUGGAUUCAAUUGGGGCGCUGCUGGCGUCUCAACUGGGCUCUUUACAGGUGUAUAUCUCGCCGAUAUUCUGGCUUACUGCAAACCAAAACGACCAUUCUAUGCAAGUUAUCCGCUCGACACUGUGUCAGGCCGCGCACGGCAUGUCAUUUUUGAGGGCGCCGACCAGCUACCCAACGGCAGAUAUGGAACAUCACAAAAGCUUAGCCUAGCGGCGGACAGGAACCGCGGCAUGUUACUUGCUUGGGGUUUGAACGGCGAGGACCUCAUGCCUGACCAUGGAUAUCCGCUCCGGCUAAUUGUCCCGGGCCAGAUCGGCGGCCGCAUGGUCAAGUGGCUGACCAGAAUCGAAGUAUCUGACACCGAGAGCCAGCAUCACCUGCACUUCUUUGAUAACAAGAUGCUACCCACGCAGGUGUCUGCAGACCAAGCGAGGCUCGAGAAGAAGUGGUGGUACGAUCCCAAAUAUAUUAUCAACGAGCUAAAUGUCAAUGCUGCAAUUUGCUCUCCCGCUCAUAACGAGUCGGUUGCUGCCGAUACGCAAACAAUCGUUUUCCAAGGCUAUGCGUACGCUGGGGGUGGCCGCCGCGUAAGUCGCGUAGAAAUCACUUUGGAUGAUGGAAAAACAUGGUCUCUGGCGGAUAUUACCUAUUCAGAAGACUUGUAUCGCGCUCAUCCCGUUGAACAGCAUGCUUACUACGGGACCCUUGAUCUUAGCGUCACGGAUAAUUGCUUCUGCUGGUGUUUCUGGCGACUCGAAGUGAAGUUGCAGUCUCUGAUCGAUCGGAAUGUCAGUUUUGUUGCUCUUCGCGCGACGGACGACGCUCUGAACACUAUGCCACGGGACAUGUAUUGGAACGCGACGUCGAUGAUGAACUCCUGGUGGUUUCGCGUCGCUGUUCAUCAAGGUUCUGAUGGGAGAGUUAGAUUUGAACACCCGACUCUAGCAGGUAAUGUUGGUGGCGGGUGGAUGCAGCGAACAAAAGAUGAUGGUCAGGAUCCGAGGUUUGCUCGCUUUGGUGGUCAUGGGAUUGCUUUGAAAAGUAAUCGUCUGACUGUUCCAGCAGAAACGGAGACACAGGAUGUGUUGGUCGAUCCAUCGCUCAUAUCCCACAUCAUAACUGAAGAGAACUUUGCCCAGCAUUCCAAUAGCGCCUCAUCACCCUGGUUUAUCGUCAAUGGGCACGUCUAUGACGGUGGACGAUUCCUUGCUGACCACCCAGGUGGUGCCGACUCGAUUCGUCUAGUAGCCGGCGAGGAUGCUACGGACGACUUUAUGGCCAUUCACUCCAUGGAUGCAAAGAAGAUGAUGCCGAGUUUCCACCUAGGCAAACUGGUAGAGACCAGUCAACUCAAUAUUGCUAGCGUUGAGUCUGAGGACGACGAUCAGUCCAAGCCGUUUCUGCACCCGAAGAAGUGGAAGCUAACGAGAUUGAUCUCUAAGAAAACGAUCUCGCCGGAUAGUAGAAUCUUUCGGUUUGCCCUUUCCAGAGAAGACGAAGUACUCGGUCUGCCUGUCGGUCAGCAUAUUUACUUGAGAGUAACGAACAAGACCACUGGCGAGGUCAUCCAACGCAUGUAUACACCCUACAGCGGGAACAUGCAGCGCGGCUUCCUUGACAUUCUUAUCAAAGUUUAUUUUCCCAAGGCCGCUACGGAAUCAACAACUGCAUUUGCUGGUGGUCGCAUGACCAUGCUCCUGGAGAAUGCUGAAUCUGAAUCCGAAGACCUGACUAUGGAGCUCAAAGGUCCAUUCGGUCACUUUACAUACCUUGGUGCGGGGUUCGUUGAGUGGCCAGCAUCAGGGCAGAAAUUAAAAAUUAAAAAUUAUGUCAUGAUUGCAGGGGGGAGCGGGAUUACUCCAAUUUGGUCAACUCUCAAAGCCAUUGCAGAUGAAUACACCGAUGGUGAAGAGAUGCCGCAGAUUUGGCUGAUUUAUGGAAACCGCACGAAGGCCGACGUACUCCUCUAUGAAGAGCUUUUACAAUUGGGGGCGAAGCUUGACGGUCAUUUACACGUUAGGCAUGUUCUCAGUGGUGAGAUAAACAGUACGGCAACAUUGCAGAGCUUUAGCUGCGGCCGUAUAGAUCUUGAGUUCUUGCGAGAAAGCAUCCCGUCGCCGCCCUCCAAUGAGCCACUAGAUACGCUUGCGUUAGUCUGUGGCCCGAAACCAAUGGAAGCGUCUAUAUCUGCGUCACUAAAAGAUUUAGGAUGGAAUUUGGAUAAGCAUGUAGUUUUAUUUUGAUAAUAAUCUCAACCAUAUUUCAUCAAUCACCGCGUGAAGUGUUAGCAAGCGUACGUAGUUACUUUUGUGGAUGCCACAUACUUCAGCCCAAGACCCUCUCCAAGGACAUAGUUAGACUGGACAAUGAGCCAUACCUGAUAACUGACCCCCCUGUGCCACGCCUCCGC